UCACGCAGUUUUGAAGAAAACAAUGUGUAUAGCGUCAAAUGAAUUUAUUUCUACAAUUUUGAAUAUUGGUGAAUUAAAGAUUAUGUGAAUACAUUUAUGUUGUAAAGAUAAUAUUCAAUCUACUAUAGAAUGUGUGGAGAUUGUUUUUACUGGAAAAUGCAACAAUAUUUUGGCAUUCAUCGCAAGUUAUCUUUGAACUCUCUGAUUUUGUCGGUUUUGUGGAUUAAUGUAUAUAGUUGGUCAUGGUUUGAAGCGAAAGAUCUGUGUCAGUCGAAUGGAAAAAUCAUUGGAACAAGAUCUAAUUCAACUUACUAUUUCUGGACCAAAUACUAUCAUCGUCGCUCUCACUGGAUUUCCACAUUUGGAUGCUCCUCUAACGAUAGGUUGGGCAGUUACAAAACCUAUGAUGUGCGUUCUGAUCUAAUAUCUGCAGGACUUUGCCAAGAACUUUGCAUGGAACACUUUGGGUCAAAUAGAAUAUUUUUAUUUGCAUAUGGGAAACAGAAAUGUAUCUGUCUAAAAGACAACCUUAUGGAUCUACACCUCCAUUUUGACAAUUGCAAAUCUGACUGUAUUGGAGACUUUGAAUUAACAAAAGACUGCGGUGAUAGGUUCCUCGUUCUUUUAUCGAAACCAAUCACUAAGCAGUUUGAUGUUUUAUCAAAUUCCACUUGCAUGGCUAUGAGUUUUGACACUGAGCAAACUGAAGAUGAUCUAAUUGAGCGCAAAGAUUGUAAGAAAGUGUGCAUUAAAUCAGAAAACAGACCACAAAAUCCAAGGAAUUGCACCGAAACAAGGAUGGCUUAUCUUAAAUCAGUAUUGAACAAAAGUUGUUAUGCUGCAAACUUUGAGAGUUCGAGAAAAACCUGGUUUAUUUUAAAAAGACAAAAGUACUUGAGUUAUGAUCGAGAAGACGUAAAUCUUACAGAGUUCGAAAAAAAGAACCUUUUUAUUGACUGUCAACGAUGUCUCACCAAUUCAUGUCCAAAUAUUGACUGCAACAACAAAAUAGGUGAUAUUGUGUGUAGAAAUGGGCUGAUCAAAGCUGAUUCGUCCUCUAUCCCAUCGACACAAACCACGGUUUGGAGUCAACAAGCUCGGGAAGAGAGAAACGACAUCAAUCACACGUGGACUACAAACGAUGUGUCAACGACUAUGAUGAAGAAACAAACGUUUUUGUUGACGUCAAAUGAAAUUGACUCUAGAGAAAAUAUAAGCACACUGAAAACUACAUCUAUAAAUCCAAUCAAUCGACAAAGAAACGAGGAUGAAACUGUGAAAAACGUCGGAAUAAUAGCUGUGUCCUUCCUUGUUUGUGCAUUGAUAUUAGCAGGAGCAUUCUGUUUUGUCAGAAUAAGGAAGAAAUUCCUACUGAAAAGAGAACGUCCAAGCACAUCCAUAUUGACUGAAUUUUCAUCGGAAAGAAAUAAACAAACAUCUUAUGAAAAUGAUAAAAAUCAGGGAAUUAAUAAAAUGUUUGUUGGAAAUUCGCCAAAGGAGUGUCUGUACGAUUUCGCAGACAACAGUAAAUUAGAAGAGGAAACUCAAUAUAACCAAGAAAACGAGGAACUGUAUCAUCAUCUCAGAGAAAGCGUUCCGACAAAUAAUGUGAAUGACAAUACAUACAUGGUAGCUGGAUACAAAACAUCGGACGAAGACAACGUGUAUUUUGGAAGGAUGGAGGAUCCAUACGAUCAUCUUAGAGGGACGGAUCGUACAAGACAGGAAGACAAUACCUACGACCAUGCACCGAUUGUAGGCGUGUCUGACUAUUCUAGCUUUAACAUUGAUGUGGGUAGGAAUACAGGUCAAUCACAUGUUGAAGAAAGCAUAUAUGACCAUUUUGAGGGCUGAUAAUGAUAAUUGACAGUUUAAAAAUUCGGCUUUAAACAAUUGUCCAUUUUAAACUCUUUUAAGACGCAAUACUUGUUAUAUAGACGUCGAUUUCAUCAACCAGCAGAUUCACGUUCCUUAGACCAACUAGCACGAUACUUAUACAGCUUAAUAUAGUUCUCCAAUACUAGACGAUACAACGAUAUUUUUGAAAACUUAUAUAUACGAUUCUGAAUGAGGAAUGGUUUAAUACGCAGGAUAUACUAACAAUAACGAAGGGUACACGGAUAAACAAUACACAGAAACAGAAAAUAUUCUGUUCAGUAAUAUUGUUUUCACUCAUUUGUAUUUUCAUGAUUGUUUUGCGUUUAAAAUGGUUCAUGUGUAAAUUGAAUAUCUAAAAUUGUUGGAUAUAAUAUUAUUAUUUUUUUUGUUGUAGGAAUAAAUGAUAGGGUUUUUAUGUUCAAUAGCAAUAAUUCGACGAAGACUUUGAAAAAAUUACCAAUGAAUAAAGAAAGAAGAAAAAAAAUUGUUAGCUCUUUUGAGUCAUUUUAAUUGUAUAAUUUAUUGUUGGCCAUAGUAUGGAUGUUAAGAACUAAUUAAUUAAUUGACAUUUUUUCAACAAGACAAAAAUGUACAAAAUAUUCAUUACACCCAUUUAAUAAAUAUUAUGUGUUGCAAUUGUUCCUAGAAAUCGUUUAGGUUAUGUUGAAGCUUUAAAAAGUUUGCUGCCAACUCAAUUCAUAUAUGUAAGCGAAUAUUUUCUUUACGACUAUUAUGAUUUUCUCUAAGUUUAUUGUGAAAAACAUUUUCUUCAUACGUUUUUAAUUGAAUGUACUGGAUAUAUCUUAAUAAUUGGGAUUUUUUCAAAUCAGAUCAAAUAAAUGACAAUUGUAAGCUAACUACAUACCAUUUGAAUAUUAACACCUACCUUUAGAAUUUGAAUAUUAACCUAACAAUUAAUAAAAUGAUUUUGAUGUUUCAUAUUCUAAAUACAUUGUAUUCUCUAUUUAUUCUUUGUUGUCUGCGCAAAUUUUAUGAUAAAUAUUUUUCAUAUUGAUGAUUAAAACACUAUUCAUUGAAUAUAUGCUUUUUUUAAUUUGCUUUCCUAAAUACAAAGACAGUCUAGAGUGAUACAAUGGUUUAGAUGUCAGCGUUUAUCACUCGAGUUUGGGCGCAUUAAAAAGCAGCUUUCGCUGAUAGACAUUUGACCUCAAUAUUUUUUAAAGAAGCGAACUCUUGUUUAAUACAAUGCCUAUGAUCAGAUUGAAUGUGACAAAGGUUCUAUAUACACAUAUACAUUUUUUUUUAUCUUUUUGCACUUAAAAUUGGGGUUUUUUUACUUGAAAUAUUUAAUAUGACAUAGAAACUUUUUGAACAUCAAGAUAUAUUGAUCAAUUUUAAACAGUUUUAUUAUAUAACGUCUUCAGCAUUAAAUUGGCAUAAUGACCAUAGGGGUCUUUAAGGCUAACUUUUUAGACUCUCUAUUAAUACAUUUGCAUGGCUUUACGCAAAUUUUCAAUCAUACUCUUUAAUUCGCGGUGUUUGUAUUUUUUCUGCAAUGCUAGAUGGAAUCAUUUUCAAAGAUGUAAGAUUUCAGUGGUAUUUUCAAUCAUGAUUUAGAAUAUUAUGUAUUUAACAUUAAAUGUUUUAUCUUCCUACAAAAACCUGUUAUGAUAUAAUUUUCAAGUUUCAAUGCAUAAUUUCGUAAUAAAG